UUGUCGGCUUGUUUUGAGCAUUCUGGUUUUUCAGGAGACAAACCUAAGCGAAUUCGAGAAGACGUAGUCGAAGUGGAUGUUGAUGCCAUCGAUAUACCACACGGUCGUUGGCGUGUCGUCACAGAGCACGUUCCAGAACGACGUUUCAUGAUUGCCAGAUUCGCUACAAACACAGAAAUUUCGGAUGCACGAAAAGCUGCCGUUAACAAAGAUGAGGAGGACGCUAGUCGAAAACGUAAAAAGGUGGACGAUCAAGGCUUCACCUAUUCAUGGUCAACAGAGCAAAAAGUGCGACCUGGAUUGAAUGUAUUCGACGAGAAAGGCAAUGAACUUGAAUGGGACUACGAGCAUGACACGAGGUUCUAUGAUGACCCUACCGUCAAGCCGUCUACAGAUGAGGUGAAGUCCACAGAUGUCGAGUCAGGAGCUCCACAGGCCAAAGUUGUCAGGGGGCGAGGUGCAAAAAAAGGAUCAUGUCUGUUCAAUGGUACUGGUGGGACGCUCGCUUCGGAUGACAUUGAUGAAACUGCCAUAAAGCGUCGGCGCAUUGCUGCUCGGUUAACGAUGGCGGACGAUGAGGACGACGAAGAGGAGGCAUGGGGACACAAACCAGUUUCUCCCACACCUCAACCAUGGGACAGGCCUACAGGUCGACUUGCUAAUCGAGUUACGAGGCGAUAA